GUGUGUGUGUGUAUGUGUGUGUGUGUGUGUGAAUGCGUAUAAGCGUAUGUGCCUAUGUGCCUAUGUGCGUGCGUGCGUGCCUAGUCUGUUCUGCGUGUUCUGCUCCCCACACUCUCUCUCCAUCCCGCCUGCCUUCCUCCCACCCCCUGUCCGCCACGGCAGACCCCUGUCCUUUUAUACUUGCCCCGUCCAAAAACCCUGCUAGUUCCCCCCGGCCGCCACC